CAUGGGAGGCCUGCUCCGACUGCUUCCGGGGGCAGCCGGGAUGUUUACCGGGGAGGCGGUUGCUAUGGCAACUGGCGCUUCCGGCCGCGGCGGCCCGCCUCAAAACCCCCGGCUACCAAAGAGGACGGCAAAGUUACGGGGACUUGGCUGAACCUCCCUGAGGGCGCUGCUAUGCGAAGCCACAGCAAGCCCAGUGGGCUAAGGUAUGAAAUUCAUGCAAACCUUGUGUUUGUAUCAUGUUUCAAAGUAACUUUAUUUGAUCAGUUAAGUUUAUUCAUAUAAACAAACUAUCCAUCAAAAAUAAUCUUUUUUUUAAAGAUGAAGUUUCCUUUUGUUUGCUUGUGUUCAGGGAAAAUUUUUUUUUAGUAAUUCAGUUCUUGUGGUGGUAUUUUUUUUUUCUUUUAUUACUAGGAUUUUUGGCUUGAGAUUUUUUUGGGGUGAAGGGUAUUUCCCUUUUUGCUUCUAUGCAGGUUACACUUUGCAUAGGAAUAUUAAUCUUUUAGUUGGAGGUCAAGGACAGCUGGCAGAGUUUUCAAGUCAUCUCAAGAAUAGUAAAAAAGUCAGGGCUAUAUAUAAAGUGCUGAGCAAUAAGCGACAUAUAAUUACGUGAUCACCUCACCUAAAUUUGCCUGUAAAGGAAACAAUGGUAUGUGAAGAAUUUGAAACCGAAUUCAAAUUUCAUUAGUCUGUUUAAAGAUUGACGGCUGUUCCCCAUUCCCCCCAAGCUCUUCAAAUUUAUUGUCAGUGUUAUCUAUGCCUAGCUAGGUGAGUGAAAACAACCCAGUUCCCCAGGUAUGGAGAGAAUCCUGCCAGCUGAUGGCUUACAGUCUGUUGUUCUUGCCUGCUCAUGAAGUCAUUGAAGGUAAGAUCAUCGGAUGGGUGUUUGCUGAGUUGGGUAUAGUGUAAAGCCCAGUCCUGCUUAGUCUCCUGACAUGAUGUGCCAAGGUAAUCGAGUUAGUCAUGUAAAGGAGGGGGUUCUAGCGAUGGAAAGUCAAGAUAGCAAACACUAUGACAUCUUCUCUUUCUGCAGCCCUAAGGUGAGGCAUGUCCCAGGGAAUGAAUUUCCUAGCUCCUGCACUUGGAACUCCUUGGUGGUCACUCUUGGAAAGGGCAGUGUCAACUGGUAAUCAGACUUCCUGUUGGACCAGAUGCUGGGUAAGUGCCCACCUGUCACAUAACAGGUAGCAUGUACUGGAUGGCAUUAACAGAGAAGAAUGAUGGGCUUCUAACAUCUCUGAGUUGGUUCCUUCAAUUAUGAGUAACAUGCUGAAUCCGGAUGCUAUUUUUUCAAACAAUGAAAUGAGCCUGUCAGACAUUGAAAUUUAUGGUUUUGAUUAUGACUACACGUUGGUCUUUUAUUCUAAACAUCUGCACACGCUGAUCUUCAAUGCUGCUCGAGACCUUCUUAUUAAUGAGCAUCGGUAUCCUGCAGAAAUAAGGAAAUAUGAUUAUGAUCCCAAUUUUGCAAUCAGAGGACUUCAUUAUGAUGUACACCGGGCAUUGUUAAUGAAGAUUGAUGCUUUUCAUUAUAUUCAGCUGGGAACAGUUUACAGAGGCCUCAGCGUUGUCCCGGAUGAAGAAGUCAUUGCAAUGUAUGAUGGUUCACAUGUCCCUUUAGAACAAAUGAGUGACUUUUACGGAAAGAGCUCACAAGGAAACACAAUGAAGCAAUUCAUGGAUAUAUUUUCCUUGCCAGAAAUGACACUCCUUUCUUGUGUGAAUGAAUAUUUUCUGAAAAACAACAUAGACUAUGAGCCUGUUCAUCUGUACAAAGAUGUCAAGGAUUCAAUCAGAGAUGUCCACAUCAAAGGAAUAAUGUACAGAGCAAUUGAAGCAGAUAUUGAGAAAUACAUCUGCUAUGCUGAACAAACUCGCGCGGUGUUAGCAAAGCUGGCUGAUCAUGGCAAGAAGAUGUUUCUCAUCACAAACAGUCCCAGCAGUUUUGUGGACAAAGGCAUGAAGUUCAUAGUCGGCAAGGACUGGAGGGACCUCUUUGAUGUGGUCAUUGUACAGGCUGAUAAGCCAAACUUUUUCAACGAUAAGCGAAGACCGUUUCGGAAGGUAAAUGAAAGGGGAGUGUUGCUUUGGGACAAAAUUCACAAGCUGCAGAAAGGUCAGAUUUACAAACAGGGUAACUUGUAUGAAUUUCUGAAGCUUACUGGCUGGAGGGGCUCUAAGGUUCUCUACUUUGGUGAUCACAUUUACAGUGACUUGGCAGAUUUGACCCUGAAGCAUGGCUGGCGCACUGGUGCAAUUAUUCCAGAGUUGCGAUCAGAGAUUAAAAUCAUGAACACAGAGAAGUACAUUCAAACCAUGACCUGGCUGCAAACCUUGACAGGAUUACUGGAACACAUGCAGGUUCACCGUGAUCCUGAUUCGCAAAUGAUUUUAGAAGAAUGGAAGAAGGAAAGAAAGGAAAUGAGGGAGAUGAACAGGAAUUUCUUCAACGCGCAGUUUGGAAGCUUAUUCAGAACUGAUGAGAAUCCAACUUAUUUCCUAAGACGUCUCUCUAGAUUUGCGGAUAUCUACAUGGCAUCAUUGAGCUGUCUCUUGAACUAUGAGCCUGAUUACACGUUUUAUCCGAGAAGGACUCCUUUGCAGCACGAACUUCCUGGCUGGUCGGACCAGCUGUGCACUGGUACAUUCAGAAUACCUUUCCUACAAGAUACAGUUCAGAUCAAAUAAACACUUGGCGCCUUCUCUCUAAAAUGGGCAAAUACAUAUAUCUUUUUUUUUUCUUUUUUUGAAUGUACAUGUAUUUUAUUUAAGUCACUUAAAUCUGUUAUCUUGAUUUAGAUGUAGUUCAUACUUGUUCUCAGAAGUGUUGUACCUAUUCUCUCCUCUCCUGCUCGGAGAUGUUUAAACUCCUCUUACACAUAGAAGAGAUAAUGGACUGCCAAAAUAGUAGUGGACUAGGAGGGGAUGGCAAAUUUGAGGGGAAAGACUGGCGGUGUUCUGAGCUGGUUGGUUUUAGUUGUUCAUUGGAAAUUUUGAUCUGAGGCCUUGUGGAUUAUAGAGAAAUACUUAUACUCUGUUCCGGCCCUGAUCAGAACUCCAGCUGGAGCCUGUAAUGGAUCUGAGCACCGAAAAGCUUAAACCCAGUAUUAGUAAUUCAGUGAUAUGCAGUAACUGGGUUACCGUGAGAUUGAGAGGGACGGUGUAUGCAUUUUAGCUUCCCUUGCUGCUGUAGCUAGAGCCUUACCUGCUGUGGCGUUGGUGUGGCUCUGCUGCAUUGCAGUGAUUACGGCACCGGCGCGGGCUCAGGCUGAUGGGCUUUUUCUCCUCUCUGUGCAGUUUCUGUUCUUGUAAUGUCUGUGCUUGGCUGUAGGUGGAUCUGAGCCUAAAACUGAAAGUGGCGGUAACUCGGGCUGCUUCAGCUUCCUUUUCUUAACUUUUAGGCACCUUUUCUUUUUAAGUUUCAAAACACUUUAAAUAUCCACUCUCUGGUAAUAAAGCCAUUUCAAGAGGUCUUGCAUUUUGCAUUUCAAAGCGGAGACAGAUCUCUGUCAGGUUUUAGAUUGAUCCUAAAUGCUGCUUUUAAAAAAUGUUACCAGUGUCUUACAGUGGUUUGUAAUGUGGUUUUGCCGUUCCCUGGGAGAGAAUGUAUUUCAUAUGGCCUUCACUAAUGGACUCUUACAGUCAAAAGUAAACACGCACAAUAGGCAAAUGAGUUGAAAGAACUAUUAAGAAAUGAGAAAAUGAAACCCAGAGUUUUAUGAUGACAUUUUUUUAGCUCAAGCCCUCAAAGCUGAAUUGGGGGUGGUGAACAGUUUGCAUCAAGCAAAAUAAUUCUGGCAGUGCAAAUUAGAAGUUUUAUUGAAUUACUGAAACUGCAGAUAAUGCAUGAACAUAAACUCUGGGUAGCAUAUAUAUGUUCCAAAGAUUUGAGCUGAAAAAUGUCUCUUUUGCACAAGGAAAACAUCUGUUGAUGUGUUUCCUCAAACAGGCACUUUAUAGAACUGUUACAUAGUUGUUUUUAAAUAAGGAUGCUUUCCUUUCUCUACAUCCAAAGGAAAUGGUUUUUUUAACUGGUGCUUCCCACCCCAGCCAUUUUAGAAGGCAUCAUAUGAUUAAUGUUUUUCAAAUUUUAGUUAUUGAAGGCUCUGUUUUUAAAAGCACAUAAUUUAGAAAAUAUAUAGCAUUUGAUAUUCUUCACUUUGUUUUGGGAUAUCACUUGCUUCCUACCACGAUUGUCAGAUAAAUAAACUUUUGGUGACCAAAAGUUUUCUUUUUUUUUUUUUUAAAAAAACAAACUAUCUGUAUUAUGUGCAAGUACCUAUAUUGAAUUUCAUAUGCAGUGUCUUUCAUAUUUUUAAAAGCAUGUUUGCAAAGUAAAGAAUGUAUUCUAAUCUAGCCUGCACAAUUUCAUCAGCAGUUUUCCUGUAUGCUUGAAAUCAGUCUGAAGUCCUCAGAGGUGGUUACAGAUUUUAUGUUCCUGGUUUUCUUGUGCUGCUGUUUCAAACUUGACCUGCAACACUCCUGAAGUGAGUGUUUGUGUGUGUAUUUAAACAGAUGAACGUGCUUGAAGUAAGUUUGUCUGACGGUCCUGCCGUUUUGCUGGAAGAAAAAGAUAAAAGUUUUGCAGGAAGUUAGUUUGGCUUUAUCAGGAGACUUGGUGGUGGGGCUGUGUGAGAAAUAUUUAGCAUAACUUGAUAAUGAAGUGUGGGGAUGGAAAUAUCCCCAAUUUGUCUUCAGUUCUAUAUUCUAAGGCUCAGCUAGAACUGAACUGGGUGUUACAUGUGUUGUAGCACCUCUCAUGCUCCAGAAACUUCAAUGCACUGUUUAAAAGAAGCCCCCAAACCACUGCACAUUCUCCAUCUUACUACCAGCAAUUAAUAGUAUUUUGUUAAUUCAGUUCUGCAUUGUUGAAUUUGAUAAUGUUUUGUUGGCUAUAGCUCUGUGAUGUUUCUUCUUUUAAAGCUGGCUAGGAGUCAGUUUGUUUUGACUAAUUUUCCUGUGUUAAGCAGGAACAGUUUAAUUGGGUUGGAUGGUGUUACCCACGUAAUACACAUUUUGUUUCAAGAUGAUUUCCUCCUCCCCCUUCCCUUCUCUUCACUUACAAGUAAAACUUCUGUACAAAGCUAUGUUACACAAGCCAGCCGAAGUGAAAUCUUGUUUAUAUUGCAUGACUUCUUGAAAUAAACAACACUGCAUGAAAAAAAAAUCAUUAUGGCAGGGUUAUGUUCCUUUAAAACAACCCAACUAUAAAUAAUAUGAAUUUAAGUGAGAAUUUUAAAGUGUGUUAUUUAUUUUUCAGUGCUAGAAUACUCUUCUUUAACUUUUAAAAAUGUCUUGCAUUUUUGUAAUGACUUCAGAGAACGUGAGUUGUACGCCUCUGCUCUCUGCAUUCUUAUUUUAACCUUGUUGUGUUACUGACUGCAAAGAGAUUUUUGAGCAUGUUUAAAGGGCAGUGUCUCUUUAUAUUCAUUUUGGGAGUAUUGUUCAUUUGAACACCAAAGAAAGAAGAAACUUCCUGUUCUGUCAAAAACUCUGAAGAGAAUUGUCUGUCAAUAAAAGAAGAGUUUAAUGAACUGUGGAAACUUUUUUUUGUGAUAAAAGUAUUUAAUGAUUAUUACAAAAAUAAAUGCUUGGACUUUA